UUAACACCUGUGCCCCAGAACGGCCUGAACGACAACAAGUUUAGGAGGGAUGUUAAACCAUGCUUCGUACUUACGGCUAUGGCCGUUUGAUAAAUGUUAACGGACCUAACUCUGCUUGUGUUGUGGUGAAAACAAGGCUAACAUUUAUUUUAUUCUAUUGUGAUUUUAUUUAUUUAUUUUGAGGGGGUGUUGGUUAUUCUUUGGAAACCUAAUUAAAAAGUGGAGCGAGUCCUAGUAGUUAAAAAACAAUGUUAGUGUCCUACAUAUGAAAGUUUCAUACGUUAAGAAUUCUUAAUAAACUAGGAAAUUAAAUAUUGAUUAAAGCAAAUUAGCAGGGAAAGCGUUAAUUAGCCCAACACGUGUUACUGCGCACACGUACUCAGCUUACCCUGGGCCUUACUGUGUGAGUGUUCUUUAAAGCUUGUGAAUAAAACCAAAUCAGAAUUCAAUGUGAAACGCUAAAACCUAGCAGGAUUGAGCCAGGCACUCUGAGGGAGGGCAAGGAAACACCGUUAAGUUUAGCCGAUGCUGAAGAAAAAACGAGCUUGUUGUCCCAGUCACUAUUAUAUAAAUGUAGCCAAAAGUAUAUCGCAAUGCAUCGAGACAAAUUCUAAUGUUAUUUUUAACCGCUGACCGAACCCGUUUGCACCGCGGGCUCUAUAUCCCCAUCGAACGAACUGGGAAAAAGCAAGAAGGCGGCAAUGGCGAACGGUGUACAGUUUGUCACGCCCAAUUGAAAGGAGGUGAAGGAUAAAAUAUUUUUUAAUGUAGCAAUAAAUUUCUAAAAAUUGGAUUUUUGACAGGUAAAAAAAAGAAUCAAAAUGGGGAAGUUGCUCUCCAAAAUCUUUGGCAACAAAGAAAUGAGAAUUUUAAUGUUAGGAUUAGAUGCUGCUGGCAAAACUACUAUUUUAUAUAAGUUAAAAUUAGGACAAUCAGUGACAACGAUUCCCACAGUUGGUUUCAAUGUCGAAACUGUCACAUAUAAAAAUGUUAAAUUCAAUGUUUGGGAUGUUGGCGGUCAAGAUAAAAUUCGCCCGUUAUGGAGACAUUAUUAUACAGGAACACAGGGACUUAUUUUCGUAGUGGACUGUGCUGAUAAAGAUCGGAUUGAAGAGGCUAGGCAGGAACUGCAUAGAAUUAUAAAUGACCGAGAAAUGAAAGAUGCAAUUAUAUUAAUCUUCGCAAACAAACAAGAUUUGCCUGAUGCAAUGAAACCACACGAAAUACAAGAAAAAUUAGGAUUAACUAGAAUUCGUGAUCGUAACUGGUUUGUACAACCUUCCUGCGCAACGACAGGUGACGGACUAUAUGAAGGACUCACAUGGUUAACUGCAAAUUAUAAAUCGUGAAUAUUCCCCCUUUACACUUUCAUAUAAAAAAAAGCUUGUAACGUCAAAAAUUAUAUAUAAAAACAAUUUUCCGCUAUCAAUACAAAAGCUGUUGCGACCAAACACUGUUCAAUCCGCUAUUGUUAACAACCUGGAUAAGAUUGUCUUGUCAUUGGUCGAUACAAUUGAAUGCAUGUUUUUGAUUGGUUGUUGGCGAUGAUGUAACCUGUUUUCAUUGGUUGAUGUCUGCAUUCACGAUGAAUGAUAAUGAUAUAGCCUUUCCUUGCAGUGGAAGACCAACGGAUUUUUAUAUAUAUAAUGGUCGUUAACUGGUUACGUAUGUGUUUGUGGGAAAUUUCGUUGAAUUUGCUAAGCCUCAAUAUUUUUUGCUUUAUUUCUGAUUAAUGCAUAUAAUUCGGGUCUUUAUUUUAUUACUUUCUCACGGCAUUUAACUUAAUUAUUUUGCAGAUUGAUUUAAAAUUGUUCCUAAAAUAUUUUGUUUACAUGUUUUGACGGCUGCAACAUGCGUUACCAGGACGUAACCAUGUAUUUUUCAAUUUUACAAACACCCCCGAUUUUUUUCGCAAAGAUGAACUUCGUAGGGGCUCUUUGUAAGGAGCCAAUAAAAUUAAAGGCGGUUCUUACAACCCCCCUCAAUUUUAGUGGUAAUUUUAUACGCCAAUGGCUAGGAUAGAUUUGCGCGAACAAGAUACUCGAUUCAAUGUAAACAAUCCCUUAGCCUUCUUAAAUAUCCGGCAUUUCUCGUCGACCUUAUUAAUAUCUACCAUUACUACAUCAUGAAUCUCUAAACCACUCGUUACCCCUUUAAAUUCAUUGUUUUUUUGUAUUCGCUUGUAUAUAGAAAUCGUUUUAUUUGUCAAUUUCCUUUUGCCUCCCGUCCAAAAGAAAAUCGACAAAAAUUUAUAGGGAAUUAUAAGCAUUGUAUGUUAGAGUACUGAUUGGUAUUAUUUUUUCCUU